GUAUACAUGAAUGAUAAGAGAGAAUUGAGAAAGUGAAGGAAAAUUAAUAGACUGAAACGAAAGAAGAAGAAAAACCAACAGCUUUUUCAGCCUCCCAUUUAUUUCCCCCUCUUUUUUCUCUUCCUCUCUCGUAUUAUAAGUCUCAUUUCCCUUUUCCUUUCCUUUUAUUCAUUGCCUCACUCUCCUUCUUCUUGUUCUUGUACGUUCUUCUUCUUCAUCAUGCACAUUGUUGCCAAACCCUAGCCAGCUACAUAUUGAUUUCCCUUCAUAAUUCUGAUCCGGGUUUUCCUUCGUGUUUCGGUUUCGAUCCGGGUUUCAUGUUCUUGCUUCUCCGUACAUUUUUUCUUGAUCAGUUGAAUUACUUGGGUUAGGGUUAAUUAUUGUAUUAGUGGGAAGGGAAGUGGUUUAGAUGGAGGCAUCAACGGCUCUAAUGAUCUUAUCAGCCAUAGCGGCGUAUUUAGUUUGGUUCAAGAUGAUCUCACGGUCAAUGUACGGUCCACGUGUCUGGCCGCUGUUGGGUAGCCUCCCGGGUCUCAUACAGAACGUGAACCGGAUGCACGACUGGAUCGCCGACAAUCUCCGCCAGUGCGGCGGCACGUACCAGACCUGCACCUGCGCCAUUCCAUUCCUGGCGCGCAAGCAAGGGCUCGUGACUGUCACCUGCGACCCCAAGAACUUGGAGCACAUUUUGAAGACUCGGUUUGAUAAUUACCCCAAGGGUCCAACCUGGCAAGCUGUGUUCCAUGAUCUGCUUGGCGAUGGGAUCUUCAACAGUGAUGGUGACACGUGGCUGUUCCAGCGUAAGACGGCGGCACUGGAAUUCACCACCCGAACGCUCCGCCAAGCCAUGGCUCGGUGGGUGAGCCGAGCCAUCGAGCUUAGGUUUUGCCCAGUUCUUGAGGCGGCUCAAAACGAAGCCAAGCCGGUUGAUCUUCAAGACCUCUUGCUUCGGCUCACUUUCGAUAACAUAUGCGGAUUGGCAUUCGGGAAGGAUCCACAAACGCUAGCUCUGGGCCUUCCCGAAAACGACUUCGCGAAUGCUUUCGAUCGAGCCACCGAAGCCACGUUGCAACGCUUCAUCUUGCCCGAAAUCAUAUGGAAAAUAAAAAAAUGGCUUGGGCUCGGAAUGGAAGUCAGCUUGAACCAUAGCCUCCAUCACAUUGAUAAAUACCUAUCCGGUAUCAUCAACGCGCGUAAGCUCGAGUUGGCAAGCCAACAACAAGGUCGUGGCAAUGGGACCCCACAUGAUGACUUGCUGUCUCGGUUCAUGAAGAAAAAGUCCUACUCGGACAAAUUCCUUCAAGAGGUAGCACUCAAUUUCAUCCUAGCUGGACGUGACACGUCAUCGGUUGCGCUGAGUUGGUUCUUUUGGUUGGUGAUUCAAAACCCACAAGUGGAGGAGAAAAUCCUCUCUGAAAUUUGCACCGUUCUGAUGGAGACACGUGGCAGUGAUACUUCCAAAUGGGUGAAAGAGCCCCUAUUCUUUGAAGAAGUUGAUCGAUUGACAUACCUUAAGGCAACAUUGUCCGAGACCCUAAGGCUUUACCCUUCUGUGCCACAAGACUCCAAGCACACAAUCAAUGACGACGUUUUGCCGAGUGGGACGUUUGUUCCGGCAGGCUCUUCAGUCACAUAUUCGAUUUACGGGAUCGGUCGCAUGAAGUUCAUUUGGGGUGAAGAUUGCCUAGAAUUUAAGCCGGAGAGGUGGUUGUCUUUGGAUGGCAAAAAAAUGGAGGUACAAGAUUCUUACAAGUUUGUUUCUUUCAAUGCCGGUCCAAGAAUUUGUUUGGGCAAGGAUUUAGCUUACUUGCAAAUGAAGUCGAUUGCGGCGGCCGUGUUGCUAAGGCACCGGCUCGUGGUGGUGCCGGGCCACCGGGUGGAGCAGAAGAUGUCGUUGACUUUGUUCAUGAAGUAUGGCCUCAGGGUUAACGUGCACCCUAGGGAUUUGAUGCCUAUUUUGGCAAAAAUAGGCAACGGGGACCAAUGGGGAAAAGAUGUUGAGAUUGUGGUUUGAGAGGGCUGGCAUAUGAAUAUGGUGGACCUUAUAUUUAAUUAAGGUCACUGUCACAUAUAGCUCUUAUAGUUUAUAAUAUUAAUUAUAUCUUAUAGUAUUAGUAUAUAAAGGAGAAAAAAAAAGUGAAGAAAUUAAGGCAGUUAAUUGUGGACCUUAUAUUUUGAGUGAUUCUAUAUUAUUGGAGAGUGACUUGAAUCAAAAUAAUGUUUGUAGUGGUAUUGUUAGCAAAUAAAUCACAAUUUACUUUUUUGGUCAAUUUGUAUAUAACCAUUACAUUAUUAUAUAUGUG